AUGGAGCAGCAGACUUUGAUCAUCCACUCGACGCAGGCGCCCGUGCGGCUGGACAUGAGGAGGCGCCUGUUCCGCGUCGGUGAGUUCGAUGAGAGCCUCCCGUUCCUCCUGCGCGGCCGCAUCGACGACGGACAGUUCGCGGCCACCAUGCACGGCCUCAACUGCACCCUACAGGCCCCGUCGGCCAUGCGCACCCUCAUGUGGCUCAGCGUGAUCGGCAUCUGGAUCUCGUUCGGCAUCUUCCUGUGGGACAUCACCUCGUGGAACUACGCCUACGACAGUUUCACCACGACGUGGCUCUUCGAGGGCCUCAUGUUCUUCUUCGCCGUCAUGACCAUCAUCUUUUCCAUCGGCUACGUCCUCAACUUGAGGAAGAGGGUCGACGAGUACCUGGCGCAGGCCAACGCCCACUACAACCCGCUGGGCAUCAACUUCCGUCUCGAGAAGGGCUACCGCCGCUGGUACCUCGUCAUCGACAUCAUGCCCCAGUACUCCAGCGCCGCCGGCCCCAGCACCAACACCCUCCCGCAAGAUGAGUACUGCCAGCAGGCGCCCGUGAUGGUGCAGCCGGCGUACUACUACCCCAACCCGGCCGGCUUCGCCCCGGCGCCGCAGCAGCACCAGACCCUGCCCCAGCAGCAGCAGCAGAUGCCCUACGGCGCCUACAGCCAGGUGGCCUACCAGCAGCAGGCGCCCUCCACCAACAACGUCUGA